GGAUCCCUCUGGGACUGGCCAUCAUGCGGAAGAUGCUCCUCUCUCUCCUCCUCCUCCUCAGCCUCGUGGGCUCUCUCGCUCUGGAAGAUCUGGAAGGGAAGGCAUUGGUUUUCCCGGAGGCAUCAGACACAGCCCAUGCACGCUUGAACGUCACGAUCCAGCAGCCCCUGUCGAGCUUCACCCUGUGCCUAAGAUACCUCACAGAAAUAAAGCACCGCCAAACCUUUUUCUCUUACGCAAGCAAAAGGAAUGACAACGAGAUUGUUCUCAACAGAAACAAUAUUGCCUACCAUCUUUAUAUGCUGGGGGGUAACUAUGUAGAGUUCAAGGUUCCCGACAUGUUAACCAGCAACUCGGUUGGGGAGCACGUUUGCGUAAGUUGGGAGUCUGCCACAGGCUUAGCUGAGCUCUGGGUGAACGGGAGGCCCUUGGUCCGGAAGAGCUUGCAGAAAGGUCACUCCGUCAUGGCUGAAGGAUCCAUUGUUCUUGGACAAGACCAGGAUAACUUUGGAGGGGGCUUUGACAUCGACUAUUGCUUUGUAGGGGAGAUCACAGACUUGUAUAUGUGGGACCGUGUUCUGUGCCCCGACGAGGUGGUCCUUGCCUUUCACAACUACCCUCUUCCUGACUACCUGAUCAACUGGAGAUCACUGAGUUACAGCAUCAGAGGCUAUGCCCUUGUUAAGCCUGCCCUGCUGUCUGCCCAAAGAGCUGGGUAG